GCGGCGGCAGGAGCGGAGGCGGCGGCUGCUGCUGGCCGUUUCGUGGUGGCCUGGCGGCGGCGCGGGAGGGAGAGAGGGAGGAUGCGGCGCAGGUCUCGGCUGCUGCUCUGCUUCGCCUUCCUCUGGGUGCUGGGCAUCGCCUACUACAUGUACUCGGGCGGUAGCGCCGCGCUGGCCGGCGCCGGCGGCGGCGGCGGCGGGAGGAAGGAGGACCCAAAUGAUAUCAACCCCAAAAGGAAAGACGUGCGUGGCAAUGAUGGGGAGGACAAAGCACAAAGUGUGGAGACGCUGCCUCCAGGAAAAGUUCGGUGGCAAGACUUUGAUCAAGAUGCUUACGUUGGCGCUACCAUGGUGCGAUCUGGUCAGGAUCCAUAUGCCCGCAAUAAGUUCAAUCAGGUAGAAAGUGACAAACUGCGAAUGGACCGAAGUAUUCCCGACACUAGGCAUGAUCAGUGUCAACGGAAACAAUGGCGGAUAGAUUUGCCAGCCACUAGUGUGGUGAUCACCUUUCAUAAUGAGGCAAGAUCUGCUUUGCUUCGAACUGUUGUCAGUGUCCUUAAAAAAAGCCCACCACAUCUUAUUAAGGAAAUCAUACUUGUGGAUGACUACAGUAAUGAUUCUGAGGAUGGUGCUCUCUUGGGAAAAAUUGAAAAAGUGCGAGUUCUUCGAAACGAUCGCCGAGAAGGCUUGAUGCGCUCCCGUGUCAGAGGGGCAGAUGCAGCACAAGCAAAAGUGCUGACCUUCCUGGAUAGUCACUGUGAAUGCAAUGAACACUGGCUGGAACCGCUUUUGGAAAGAGUAGCUGAGGACAAGACCAGAGUUGUGUCUCCUAUUAUUGAUGUAAUUAAUAUGGACAACUUCCAGUAUGUGGGGGCGUCAGCUGAUUUAAAAGGCGGCUUUGAUUGGAACCUGGUGUUCAAGUGGGAUUACAUGACACCAGAGCAAAGAAGAGCACGGCAAGGAAAUCCGGUUGCUCCCAUAAAGACACCCAUGAUAGCUGGUGGGUUAUUUGUGAUGGACAAAUCCUAUUUUGAAGAACUAGGGAAGUAUGACAUGAUGAUGGAUGUUUGGGGUGGAGAAAACUUAGAGAUCUCAUUCAGAGUUUGGCAAUGUGGUGGGAGCCUAGAAAUCAUCCCUUGCAGCAGAGUGGGUCAUGUAUUCCGCAAACAGCAUCCUUACACGUUUCCCGGUGGGAGUGGUACCGUGUUUGCAAGAAAUACACGCAGGGCAGCAGAAGUCUGGAUGGACGAGUAUAAAAAUUUCUAUUAUGCAGCAGUGCCUUCAGCCAGGAAUGUACCUUAUGGCAAUAUUCAAAGCCGAAUGGAACUCAGAAAGAGACUUAGCUGCAAACCCUUCAAGUGGUAUCUUGAAAAUGUUUAUCCUGAGUUACGGGUACCUGAUCAUCAAGAUAUAGCUUUUGGGGCUUUGCAGCAGGGUACCAAUUGCCUUGACACUUUGGGCCAUUUUGCAGACGGUGUUGUUGGAGUUUAUGAAUGUCAUAAUGCUGGGGGAAACCAGGAAUGGGCCUUAACAAAGGACAAGUCGGUGAAACAUAUGGAUUUGUGCCUUACUGUUGUGGACAGAGCACCUGGUUCACUAAUAAAACUUCAGGGCUGUAGGGAAAAUGACAGCAGACAGAAAUGGGAACAAAUUGAAAGCAAUUCUAAACUGAGGCACGUUGGCAGCAACCUCUGUCUAGACAGCCGAAAUGCCAAAAAUGGUGGUCUCACUGUUGAGAUCUGCAGUCCUUCUUUGUCACAACAGUGGAAAUUCACACUUAACCUGCAGCAGUAGAAGGACUUACAAGCAAAAUGCUGGUUUGAUUCAUAGACGUUGGGCAAAGUUUUGAUUGAAUUACUGAUGUAUUUCUUAAAACUUUCCACGGAACUUAUAUACCUCAGUAUUCCACCUUUAUCUGAAAGUAGGAGAGUGCUGAAGCAGACACCAGGGAUCCAGGGGACUUGGAGCACUGCAAAGAUGUCACUGAACAUGACUGCAGCACGAUUGCUUCUUGGUGCGAAGACUUCAAUGGUUCCUUUCUGUCUUCAGUUAUGUACUUGCACAGCAGAUAAUUAACUCUAGGAACAACUGAUGUAUGAUAAAAAAAGGAUCUGAAGAAACACCUGUGGGGAAACAGGGUGUGGGAGGGAGGGUGGGAAAAAUUACUAGGAGAAGGUAAUUUGAAAACUCCAUUUGCAUAGAAAUCAUGGUUUGUCGUUUCCAGAAACAGAAGUGUCAUUUUGAAGGUUUUUUUCUCCUGUGUGUACUUGGUAAUUUGAAUAUGAACUUUUCUAUGAUGGACUCUAAAUAUAAAUAUAUAAAAGUAUAUAUAUUGUCAGCUCCCAAUGAUUUAUAUCAGUUUUCAUCAUCCUAUAAUUAUCAACGACGUGAUUGACAUAUGUAUAACGAGAAAUUGGAUUGGAACGCUAGGAGAGUGAAACUUUAUGAAGGUGCGGAUUUUGUGCUGCUGAGUAUAAUGUCCGUGCUAACACUGGAUGCUUUUGCUUUGCAAACUGGAUCUACUUCUUAACACUUCACCCUCACUGGAGAUCAUGAAACUCAGGAGGAGAAAGAAAAUAGCAGAAUAAGCCAAUGCAUCUGCACAGAUGAUUGCUUGGAUUGUUUAUUCCAACUUGGAAAUUCAUUACGUGUGCUCUGGAUAACGUUAAACUUGUACUUGAUAUUUGUGUUGAUAAUUUCUGUAGUACUUUGUCUUUAAAAUACUUCUUCCUAUGUUACAAAAUUACAUAAACAGUGCAGAUCUUUCAUGCAGCCAGGUGGGUUCAGCAGAGUUUUAUUCUGGGCCCUAAUGAGAAAAAUUUCUUUGUCUCAAACUCCCCUUUUGAGUUGUAGAAAUAAGAUAGAAUAGUAACGUCACUGUCAACAGCACAAGAUCUGAAUUUUAAUUUGCAAGGAUGAGCAGCUAUGUAAUAUCUCUGAAUUGCACUUGCUUAAUUUAUAGACCUACUACUGGGGAAUUUUCUUCCAUUUUGUUUUUUUAAAUGGAGCUUUUGAAUGGAUUCAGGCUUGGCUCUGGGAAUCAGCCUGGAUACCAGCAGAUCCUAUGUGUUUUUAGCCAUAGAACCUGUGCAUUUUGCAGCUUCAGUCCAGCUGAUGUCAUUUUUAUAUUAAAAUAUUACUGUCAAAGUUAACCCCAACUUUGACCUGUCCUUUCUUAUGUUUGCAUAGACUAUAUACUUUUUUUAUUAAAAGCAAAUGCUUCAAUGAGCUUUUAAAAUGAAAAGGAAAGGUAAAUAAGUACUAAUAAGCAAGACAGCAUUGACAAAAAUUAGUGCAGACAUGCAGUGCCAGGAAGUGGUUUUAGUAAGAUGAUGGAUCUCGGAAAAAUGUAAGGGUUGAUCCUGAGGAGAUGAAAAACAUCUGGCGUACUGUAGUAUGCUGGUACAGUUCCCUUCUUUCUUUGUUCCUGGAAGUAAAGUGGUUCCCGAUUUUUCAGUUUCCUCUGGCUGCAUCUAUACAUUAGGUGUAGAGGUGGUAUUCUUCCGGGCAAAAUGGCUUUAACUGUGCCAGUCAGUGUGCCCAUAAAAUACCUUGUGUCUGAAGUUAGGACUUGCAAGUACCUGCAUACCUUUCGGAUGGGGGCAUGAAAUCCCGUUUCUCCCAUCCAUCAUCUGACUUCUUUUCUGAAUAAUUAAUUUCCCCCCUCCCCCCCUUCUUCACAAUCCACUUUCUCCAAAACUUGCCUGUUUUAGAGGCCAUACAGUGGAUAAACUCUUUUUCAGCUUUUAGUCUCUCCCUAUGUGUAGCCUUUUAACCUAGCUGAGAACUUGAAGAAUGUGAUUCAUAAACAUAGCAGUAGAUUUCUUCAUAUUCUGGAAAAAUAAAUGCUGAAAUACAGGCUCAGCAGCAAGUCAGUUUUUUGAGGUUUUGAAAAACAGAAUUCAAAAGUAAAAAAACCCAAUGACUGAGCUUCUACCAUGGAGGUAUUUCCAUUUGCAACUUUGAUCAUAGUAAGGGUAGUACUAACUGAAAUCAGCAGUUGCAACUCUGAAUAUUGACCUGCUGCUUAUCUCUGAAUCAGAAUUCCUAGUAAAAAAAAAAAAAUCCAUAUUCCACCUCUUAAGUCUUUAAUGUCAACUGCUAUCAUAGAAAGUAGGAAUAUUGUCAGUAAUUCCCCAUGGAUGCUGUGCAUAGGGGUUUUAAUCUAGGAGCUGUAUGUCUCUUUUCUUUGGGAGAACAAAGUGGUAUCCUUUUGUUAUGUUUACAUGACAGCGUGCCAAAGUUACUUACUGUGAUUUUAGGGGUUUUUAAUGUUGAUGAAAUUCGCCCAUUUGAAAGAUUAAUUAAGAGCCCUUGAAGCAAAUUGUGGUGGAGUCUCCUGAGAACUUUUCUUACCGUCUUCAGAGCAAGAAUGGUGAUAUUGUUUGUUUUGCAGAUUUUCAAAACAUAGUUUGGAAACUGUUUUUUCAGUUGGUUUGAAAAGUCUGCUGUACAGAGCUUGUACUUUGUUCAUUUUAUAGAUGGAAACCAUCCUUGAAAAAUUGUUUAACUUAAAUAAAGAAGAAUGCUUUAUAGAUAAA